GCCAUCUAUAGUACAUUUAUUGAUUGACAAAACAUUGUGUUAUUGAAUACAAUGUUUACAGUGUUUAUCGGUUUUGGUAAACAUUGUUAGCAUUUAUUUUCACAAUUAGUUUCAAUUGAAUAUCACGUCAUUGACGACACGAGACCACAAUCGGGACAAUUGGUGACCACUAAGUGUUUGGUCGAAAAUGAAUGUAUUGUUGGUUACAAAAACUGCGGCCAAAGCGUGUUUCCAGCGAUCAUCCAAACAGCUGAUUGUUGGUUCAAAGCACGCGCUAAAUGCGACCGCAAAAUGGACACCAAUUGAUAACCAUCGGUGGACACAAUCGGCUUUUGUUGAAUUUAACAGAUUAUAUACCACAAUGACUGUCGACCGACUUGACCAUCGAUGGACACCCAUUGCCUGCGUACGCAAUGCGCCGGUUGUCGAUUCAAUGUCACGCCGAUUGGCUCACAAGUUGCCGAUGACCUAUGAUUUUGUUAGGGAACGGAUACUAUUGGUCUUGAAAUUGUACGAUAAAGUAGAUCCCGAAAAGCUUACACUUGACUCACACUUCUAUAAAGACUUGGGUCUCGACAGCUUAGAUCACGUGGAGGUCAUUAUGGCCAUCGAAGAUGAGUUUCAUUUUGAAAUUCCCGAUUCAGACGCCGAAAGACUAAUGACUCCGAAGGAUAUACUGAAGUAUAUCACUGAUAAAGAGGAGGCGUAUGAAGGCUUGCAAAAGGAUGACCACAACGAACAUCAUUAGAAACAAUUAAAAAACAUUUUUAAUUUUAGACAACGUUUGAUAGUUUAGAUUAUCACUAAUUGAGUUAUAAUUUAUUACUAUUUUUAUUAUCUUUUUCAGGUCAGCAGUGGUCAUACAAUCAAAAAACAAUAUUUAAAAAAAUUUAUAUAAAUAUUUAAUAGUUAUAACUCAUGUUUUUUUCUAAAAACCUUAAUUAAUAUCAUUUUAAAAUUAACGUAAUAUUCAUCCAUUAUUUUGGUUGUCAUUAUAUUAUAGAUAAUGCAAUGAAAAUAUAAUAUUUAGUUUUGUUUGU